AAUAUGUUCAAUCUACGGGGAACAUUUUAUUUAACAAUCAUGUCGAGUUUGGAUUUUAGGGAGGCAGGACACAAACUACUCAAAAUCAAACUCGAACCUGCUCAAGAGAUGGAGCUAUGUGUUAUGCUCCUAGAGUGCUGAAUUCAUGAGAGAACUCAUCUCCCAUAUUACGGUCUGUUGCGUCAGAGGUUUUGCAGGGUUAACAAAGUCCAUCAAGAGAACUUUGAGAAGUGCUUUGUGCACCAGUAUUCGUCCAUACAUCGACUUAAGCUGAGGAAUGUGGCCAAGUUUUUUGCAUACUUAUGGUACAUACACUUGACGGAGGAGGAUACAACAUCGUCCUCCCAUAUUUUCAUCAAAUUUCUCUUUCAGGAAUUGGACGAGCAAAUUGGGUUGUGCUUGCUUAGUGAGAGGCUCAAUGAUCCCACCAUGCAUGAGUCGUUUGAGUCCAUAACCCAUAGGGAUGAUCCCAAGAAUACGAGAUUCGCAAUAUAAUUUCUUGAUGGCGUCGGUCUUGAUGGCAUCACAGAGAGCAUAUGCGAGUAUUUGAAGAACAUGCCUCGCCUUAUAAAGCAGCACACCACUGGCUCUUCUUAUGAUGGGUCGAGUUCUGAAAGUUACAGAGAUCAGAGACAUCAAAAGCGGAGGCAGCACUGA